AUGGGGGAUUCAUAUUUCACCAAUGAUCACCUAUUUAGAACUUCCUCUGAACAAACAGAGGACCGUGCUUGUCUCUCUGCUAUGCUUCUCAGUACUAAUCUUGUGUAUCCUGCAGUCCUCAAUGCUGCUAUUGAACUCAACUUGUUUGAUAUCAUAGCUAAAGCAACCCCACCUGGUUCAUUCAUAUCACCCUCUGAAAUUGCUUCUAAGCUCCCAACCCAACAUUCUGACUUGCCUAAUAGACUUGACCGCAUGCUUCGUUUGCUUUCCAGUUACUCUCUUCUUACUUGUUCCACUCGCACCACUCCUCAUGGUUCCUCUGAGAGAGUUUAUGCUCUCUCACAAGUUGGAAAAUACUUUGCCUCUGAUGAAAGUAGGGGCUACUUGGCUUCAUUCACCACAUUUGUCUGUUAUCCAUCACUGUUACAAGUUUGGCUGAACUUCAAGGAAGCAGUGGUUGAUGAAGACAUUGACCUGUUCAAGAAAAUUCAUGGAAUAACAAAGUACGAGUACAUGGAAAAGGAUCCUAAAAUGAACCACAUUUUUAACAAGUCAAUGGCAGAUGUGUGUGCAACAGAGAUGAAAAGAAUGCUUGAAAUAUAUAAUGGGUUUGAGGGAAUAUCAACAUUGGUUGACGUUGGAGGUGGAACUGGACAAAAUCUCAAAAUGAUAAUCUCCAAGUACCCUUUAAUAAAGGGAAUCAAUUUUGAUCUGCCCCAAGUGAUUGAAAAUGCACCAUUGCUUCCAGGGAUUGAGCAUGUUGGAGGAGAUAUGUUUGCAAGAGUUCCACAGGGUGACGCCAUAAUGCUAAAGGCUGUAUGCCACAAUUGGUCAGAUGAAAAAUGCAUAGAACUUUUAAGUAAUUGUCAUAAAGCAUUGCCACCAAACGGGAAGGUGAUUGUUGUGGAGUUCAUAUUGCCAGAAGAACCAGAACCAACUGAAGAAUCCAAGCUUGUUUCCACUCUCGACAACCUCAUGUUUAUCACUGUUGGUGGAAGGGAAAGAACUGAGAAACAAUAUGAGAAUUUGGGCAAGCUUUCUGGAUUUUCAAAAUUUCAUGUUGCUUGUCGCGCUUUCUCGAGUUUGGGAGUGAUGGAAUUUUAUAAUUAA